AUGGCCAAAGGUGCACUCACAAUGUUUGUGGAGAGUCUCCAGAGGGAGACUGCUCAUCUCGGUAUCAAAGCCGUUAUCUUCGAGCCCGGUGGUGUCAAUACUGCCAUAAACGACAAGAAUGAAGACAAGCCUCAGUCUGAGGGACCUCCUCCUGGUUUCCCCACUAUUGCAGACUACCAAGGCCUGUAUGGUGAAGCUAUGGGGAAAAUCGCGACAGAAGUCUUCCCAAACCUCCCAUCAUCCGUGGACAAGCUACCGCCAGUCAUUUGGGACGUGAUCAAAGGGCAGGGCUUAGCAGCCAACAAGGCGUUCCCAAUCAGGGUGCCGAUUGGAGUUGACUCCGUUGAGGUCAUCAGGCAAAAAUGUCAAGAGCAGCUCCGUCUUUGCGACGAAUGGGAGAAAGCUGCGUUGAGCACCGCUAGAGACGGAGUGACUCAGAUCCCGAACGAGUACAUGAUGAAGAAGCUCUCUAUUCUGGAUAUGACAAAUUCUUGA